UAUAUUAUUAAUAAGCAAGCAAGUGUUGUCUUUGUCGAGCAAACAAAAAAGACAUACGGUGUUUGUGGUGCGUUGGCGUUGCAUACGCGGCUCAACAUGUGAGGUUAAAACAGACAAACAGACUGCGGCGCCAACAAACAAUAAAGACAAUUUAGAUUCAGAUACGAAAUUUGAAUAUUAUAAACCAAUUGUGAAGCAUACAGUAUAAACUUAUCAAUUAUUAAAGGAUUUUCUCUUUACAACAUUAUGGAUUCACGCAUGCUAAAUGUGUUCCACGAGGAUCCCUAUGAGGGUAACUUUGUAAAAUAUGAACCAGAGCCUGAUUUUUGGACUAAAGAUGAAAUGGAACUGACGCAGACACUUAAUGGCAUCUUACCCAUAGCGCCCACAGACGAGGCGCUCUUUAGCCAAAACGAAGCAGAAGAACAGCUGCAGAAUAGUAAAAAUCUGCUCAUUUAUAGUAAUUUUGUGGAUCAACAGCUGAGUGACGACGUCAAUCUGCUCAAUGGUCAGGUUUACAGAGCCAUGACAGGCAUAGAUGAUCAUGAGCAUCAACGCCAGCUGAGCGCUUUGAUUGACUCAGACUCGGGCUCAGUGGCCGAUGACGAUGAUGAUGUGCACAGUCAAGGCAGCAAUUCAACAUUUCGCACGCGCACUGACAGCUCAUCCAUUGGAGACUAUGAAUCGCAUUCCAGCGAUUAUGAUGAUGACGAUAAGACUAGUGUGGCCGAUGCUGAUGAGCGUCUGAUGCACACAGAUGUGUUUGCUAUGCAGGAGGAGCGUAAGAGUCGCACAUUGAGCACAAAUACAAUUUACUCUGAAGCGGAUGCCUUGGGACUUAACAUAGACGUAAAUAACUUUGAUUUGGCCGACUUUAUAACAAAAGAUGAUUUUGUUGAUAAUCUAUGCGCCAUGCGCGCUAAGCCACAACCAGCGCCUGUAGCAGCAACAGUAGCUGUGGCCACAAAAGAGGCACCAAAGCCCAUCCACGCUGCAAUUAAAUCCGUACCGAAGCCAAAAGCGUCAGCAGCUACAACUUCCACGUCUGUAGUUAUAUCCUCGCAGCGUCGUGAUUCUGAUUGCGAUUCUGAUUCCAUAAUCGACGUGGAGACUGUAGAUAUCGAUGAAUCGCAAUGGAAAGCCAAGCAAACAAAAGAGGUCGACGAUUUGUGCUUUGUAGACAAUGUUAAGGCUGAUCCUUCCUGGUGUCCGAGCAAGAUAGGCAAGCGUUCGCUUACUACUGAGCAGAAAACGGAGACAACCAAGUCAGCGACAAAACCCAAGGCCAUUUGCUUGGUGCCCAAUAAAAAGCAGUCGGAUCUUCUCAAACGCAAAGUGGGCGUGAAGACAAUGUCAACAAUGGCAACAGGCAGCAAGUGCAGCAAAGCGCUGGUCAGAAAACCACAAGAGUCCAGCAAAGGCAAGUCACAAGCUACGCCCAAGGCAUCAACAACAGCAGCAGCAAUAGCUACAGGACUUGGACUGGGCGGCAAGAACCUGGCGCUGUUGAAGCAUGAGCGCGAAGCAGCAACCACAACACCCAGUGUAACAUUACCCGUUAAGCGCAAACUAAAUCUGGAGGAGUAUAAGCAGCGACGCUGUGGCGCGACAGCUGGCGCACCAACUGCCCUAAAAUCCAAGCCAGCUGUUACACCUACAGCCAGCAAGCAAGUGAAGCCGCUGCCCGCAAAGCCAGCACAAGCAUCGCCACACAAAGCGGCCAUCAGCAGCAUAGUCAACAGCUUAAAGUUUCCCGCAAAGCCGGCUGAAGAGCCCGCCACGGAUCCCAUUACUGUGGCCAAGAACAAAGUGUUGCGCAUGCUGGAAAUGAAACGUGCACAACAGCUGCGAAUUAUUGACUCGCGUGCAGCAGCCAAAGUGCCGCGUGUAACCAAAUUGCCGCCACUUAAGGAUAUAGUCAAGGAUACCUAUCGCAUGGAGAUUGAAGACGAGCCAGCGGCAGCGCCAGCAGCAGCAGCAGCUGCUCCAAGCACGCCGAGCAGCAAACUGCAUGCGAAUUAUGAGGAAAUUAUUAUAGUUUCAGUUAGUUGUAAUACAGAUAUAACAAUACCGCCCUAUGACGCAAGCCUUGCAUUGAGAAGCAACAAGACAACAACGCCCUCAUCGCGCUCCUUGCUAAAAUCAUCCGUGCUGCUGUACAAUAUGUCGCAUUCGGGUGAUGCGGGCAAGGAUAUGACCAACUCUUUGAUAGCCAGCAUACAGAGCGAGGUGGUGAAGCAAACCAAUUGCGUGGCUAUGACUCAAACCGCUGCUGUGGCAACGACCGCAGCAGCUGGCGAGCAAAAGGAUGUGCAGCAUGGCGAGGAUAUGAUCAUUAUGCACUUGCCCAAGGAUCGUCAGCGUAAACCGAUGGUUAGCAUGAGCACACAAACCGAACUGCAGCCAGAGUUCCCGCUGCUGACGUUGCCCACGGCCAGACAAUCGCGGGAACGCACACGUCGCAGUUAUCGCAAGCGCCAGAAUAAAUCCAGCGGCAGUGAGAGCUCCACAUCCGUCUCAUCGCUUAGCAGUAGUCCAGCCUCAUAUCGUUCCCGUUCAAAUUCCAAUUCGUUGGAUCGUCUGCGCCACUUGGACACGACGGCAAGUGUGGCUGGUGGCAGCCUUAAUGGCUGCGGCUACUCGUCACGCAGCACGCAUCGUCAUCGCAGCUCGGUCAGCAGUUCAUCCUACUCGGAGGCAGGCAAAUAUGAGCGCAAGCAGCGGCAACGACGCACAAGUUACAACAAGCGGCGCUCGAAAAAUCAAAAGCGCGACGCUGGCUCCAGCUCAGGCUCGGAGUACAGCGAUCGUGAGCGUAGCCGCAGUCGCAGUCCACGUCAACGUUCCAACUCACGCUCCAGAGCAGAACUGAACAAUAGUAAUAGUAGUAACAACAAUCGUCGUAGUUUCGUCGAUCGCAAUGUUUCGCAGCCGGCGGUGGAGGAGCGGCGCAUUGUUUAUGUGGGUCGCAUUGAGCAGGAGACGACCAAGGAGAAUUUGCGCCGCAAAUUUCUGCAAUACGGCAGCAUAAAACAAAUAACUAUACACUACAAGGAGAAUGGCAUGAAGUAUGGUUUUGUGACCUUUGAGUGUGCGCAGGACGCAUUCACAGCCAUUGAUACGAGUCCCAGAGAUCCGCUGAUCAAUAUGUAUGACAUUAGUUUCGGCGGAAGACGCGCAUUCUGCCGUGCCUCCUAUGCUGACUUGGACAAUGCUGGCAUCAACAACUAUGAGUCGUAUGUGUUUCCAAAGGCAGCGGCUGCGCCACCCAAGGAGGACUCCUUUGAGGCGUUGUUGCUGAAAAUGAAGGCGCGACUGAAUGCAGGCAAGCCGACACCCACACAAGCUACCUCAGAAGCAGCAGCAGCUAUCACAAAGGAAACCACAGCCGCAGUCGACUGCAACAGCAACAGCAACAACAAUAGUUCAAUAUGACAGCUUGGCUUUAAUUUGCAAAUUGGUUUGCUUAUUAUUUAGAUAUUGAUUUGCCAACAAAACUUACAAGUUCUUUACUAGCAUAGGUGUAAAGUUUCUAAGAGUGUAACCAAUAGCCUGAAACCAUAUUAUAAAAUAGCAGCAACGAAUGAAAUACAAAAAAAAAAACAAAUGGAAAUUGAAAAAACAAAAAUGAAAUUGUGAUACACGCGCAAUGCGUGCAAAGUCAUUCAUUCAUUGUGUGUAAGUUAGUAAGAGAAAGAGAGAGAGUCACAGCAUAUGCAAAUAAUAUUGUAAAAAGAGGAUUAAACAAUAGCACUAAAAACCAAACUGGAAUUUUCACAGCCAUGAGGCAAACAACAUGAACGAACUAUAGGAAAUACGCCGCAAAUCAUUUAUAUAAUUUGUAUUAUCUGUAGAUUACCACAAAUAUAGAUACACUGUGCAUUGUGUAGAUGUGUUUGUGGCUAGAGCAAGGCACGCGCAUGUUGCAUGCAACGUGCACAAAUUAAACUGUUGAUAACAAAACUUUGAUAUUAGUUUGUAAAAUGAAUAAUUUGUAUGUAUGUAAUUUUAAUUUACUGAAGCCCCCAUAAACCAUUCAAUCUAUCUAUCAAUCAAUCAAGUAACCAACCAAACAACCAGUCUACCUACCUACCAUCAUGCUAUCAAUACCACAAAUAUAAAUCGCUAUCAAUUAUAAAUUAAUGCAUUGCAGACAAAGCUAGGAACAAGUGAAAAUUGUAUACAAACUUAGCUUAUUAGAAAUGCAAAAACAAAUUGUGCAAGCCACUGGCUAAGCAAUGAAUACAGGUCUUGAGGCUUAAGCCCGACUUCUUAGUUAAUUGUCGUCUAUUUCGAGUAGGCGCAAUAACUCUGUUAAAUCAUAAACAAACAAAAAACUCUUGAAUAGAUGAAAUACUGUUCUAACUAUUUAAUGUAAACAAACAAAAUGUAAUUAGAAAAACACCAUUUUUUUAAG